UAUAUUUUAAUGUAUGAUCAUAACGUAAUGUCAACACCAAAUGCUAUCAAUUACAAGUGCGAUUCUUAAUUUGCAUGAAGACAACUUAUUUUAUUUCAUUAUUAUUAUUACGUGCAAUCCUGCAACAUGGCGACUACCAUUAAAGAAGAUGCUGACGCUCAAGUUACAUUUGAAGAUCAGCAGAAGAUCAACAAAUUCGCCAGAACAAACGUAAAGCUUCAAGAUAUAAAAGAAGAAUUAAAAGCAAAACAGAAGGAACUAGAGAACCUGGAGUUCGCGGAGGAGGAGCUCAUGAUGCAAGAAGGGGAUGAUGCCCCCAUACCAUACCAGGUUGGUGAAGUGUUCAUCAGCAUAAGCUCAGAGGAAACGAACCAAAUGCUUGAAAAGGCGAAGGAGGAAACAAAACGUGAGAUGUCAGAGCUUGAGAAACUUGUGGAGGCUAAUAAAAAGACUCUUCAGGAUCUGAAGGUUGAACUGUACGCCAAGUUUGGAACUAACAUUAAUCUGGAAGCUGAGGAAGAUUCAUAAUUGGGACCUUUAGUUGAUGUUAGUGCUGGGGAAGAAAUAGAAAUGUGUUUAUCAUCCUUAAAUCAGUUUUUGUCAUAAAUAGGUUAGGAGUGUAGAUACUGUUAAAAGUUUCAGAGUAGUACUGAUGUAUCUGUUGGCAUAUGUCAUUAUUACAUACAACAUAUUAAGAAGUUUUGAUGUAUACCUGAGUAAUUAAUAGCCUUUAGUUAUGCAGUUUCUUAUUAUAUGUACAUGGGAAAUUACAAUGGUAUAUACCAGACAUCUGAGUUCCAACAAUUUUGAUAUUUAUGGUAUAUUAUGCUGUCAUUUUUUAAAUAAUGGACAGUGAAAAUUAACAUUUGUUAACCAAUAACUGUGGGUGUUGAUGCUGGAAAUGCAGUAAACAAAGGACAAAGCUU